AUGGCAAAGUGGCUACUCGAGCACAAACACUCUUGGACCCAUCUGGCAGACCCAAACUUCAAGACACCAAUGGCCACUUACACAGUUAUGAUUCACUCCGUUCCAACUGAAUUCGAGGCAAACAACAACAACCACCUGAAGAAGCUCUGCGCUCAAAACGACAUUCCUUACGACAUGAUAGAAAAAGCCCGAUGGCUAGGCCAACCUUUGAAGAACGGAAAACAACACGGCACUCUGUUAAUAAAUGUGAAGGAUAAAAAACUCACUCAAGACAUUACACGAGGCAGUUUAAUAAUCGAUGGCACUCUACUUACGGCUUCAAGAUACACUCCCGGUCCACCUCAAUGCUUCAACUGUUUAGAGAUGGGACACCCCGCUUUUUAUUGUAAGACACCUCCACUCUGUGCUAGAUGCGGAGGUAAACAUAAUUCAAAAGAUUGUCAGAUUGAAAAUCCAAGUGGCGCCUGCUUCCGAUGCGUUAAAAGAGACCAAAACAAGAACAAAUUCACUAGUUUAACCGACAUAAAAUAUACACAUUCUCCAUUUAGUAUUCAAUGCCCCUUAAAGAGCAUUGAAGUUAAUAAGAAUCAAUAA